AUGGGCGGGAUCGUGUCCCGUCUGCGCAGCUUCCGCCUGCCGUCCGAUCCGUUCAACCUCGCGCCGGGCAUCGACGCCAUCCUGCUGCACGAAUCCGACGCCUUUCACGCCGCCGCCACCCUCACCUACUACCACUUUGCUCUCCCGCCGCACCAUUUCGACUCCGCGGGCGGCGCCGCCGGUCCCGGCGCUGGCGGCGCUGGCGGCGGCGGCGCGUCUCGAGACGAUCGUUCAUCUGCGCGCGAAGCCCCUCCGCCCGCGAGCGGAGCGGGGACAAGCUCUGCCGGGAGAGGCGGAGGGGCUCUUGGGGGAGGCGCUUCUGGGGAAGGUGGAGGCGGGGAUCGGGGGGGCGGAUGGAGGGGUGGGAGUGGGGGAGGAGGCAGCGGGGGUGGUGGCAACAGCAGCAGCGGGAGCAGCAGCAGCGGAGGCGGCGGCGGCGGCGGCGGCGGCGGCGGCGGCGGCGGCGGCGGCGGUAUGGUGUGGCGGUUCCAGCUGGUGGACGCGGUGCAAUGGCUGCACCAACACAUCUCACACGAAAUUGCUCGUGUACCUGUCAUGUCAUGCCAUGGCAUGCUUCUACCCUCCCUUUCCCUGCUCUCCCUUUCCACUUCCCCUCCCUCCAUUGUCGAACCUCGUCUUCCUUUCCCUCCACCCAUCCAUCCACCCCGUCAUCCCCUCUCUCAACCAAACGACCCCUCCACUCGCCCCUUCCACCUCCAUCUCCACCCCUUUCCCCUCCCCAAUUCGCACCUCUCCCCGCCCCCACCACCUACAGGAGACAUUCCCGAGGACGACCCGCUCCUCGCCUUCCUCCGCCGCUUCCUCCCGCGCUCCCCGCCCACGCGACUCGACAUCAACCGCGCCUUCUCCCUCCUCUCCUCCGCCCAACGCCGCUCUGCCUCCCACCGCGGCCUCUCGCUCGCGCUCUUCCACACAGUAGCCGCACACUCCCUGCGCUGCGCCGCUCUCCGCCGCCUGCACACGCGCCUGCUGCUCCUUGUGCCCUGCACCGCCUCCUGCUCCGCCCUCGCCUCCCUCGCGCUCUUCUCCGCGCUCGGAAUUACCCGACCCAGGCUCGUCGAGAGGCUCGAGAAUCCCGAGAAACUCGGAGAUAUGAGGAAUCUGGGAAAUCAGGGGAGUGUGGAGAGUCUGGGGAGGGAAGGUAGUGUGCGGGGGAGUGGUGGUGGUGAGGGAGGGAACGCCAGCACAGGAUGGAGAUGGCCUGGCUGGUCGUUGCUCCAAGCUCGGCCUUCCAGGGAUGUAACGCCUACACCACAGGGUAGCAGUGCACCACACAGCAUCUCACAGCACCGAUCCUACCAUGCGCCUCCGUCUGGGUCUGCUGCUGGUGGGGGUGCUGCUGCUGCUGCUGCUGUGGGGGUGGUUGGUGUUGAUGGUACAGGAGGAAGUGGGGUGGUGGUGAGGAGGGUGAGAACUCUAGAGCUGACUGAACCGCUGCCUAGGAGGGUUGUGGUGAUUCCAUCUCUGCUGCUUGGCGCAGCCAUUGGGGCAGCUCUGGCCUUGCAUUUGUAG